AUGGAGUUUAAAGACGAAGAAAUAUACUUAUUCAAUGGAACCAAUGGAACUGAGGAAAUUUCUAGUUUCUCGGAAGUGGAAUCCCUCAACGUGAUCGUUCCUUUAACUUUUAUAUACGUGGUUAUACUUAUAGCAGGUGUUCUUGGAAAUAUAAGCACUUGUGUCGUAAUAGGCCGCAACCGAUCGAUGCACACGGCUACCAACUUUUAUCUGUUUAGUUUAGCUAUCUCUGACCUUCUUCUUUUAUUAUGCGGCUUACCACUGGAAGUGCAUCGCUUAUGGGAACCCUUGUCUUAUUCCCUCGGUGAGGCCGUAUGUAUCACGUUUGGCCUCAUAUCUGAAACGUCAGCGAAUGCCACAGUGUUAAUUAUAACAGCAUUUACAGUGGAAAGGUACAUUGCAAUAUGCCGCCCUUUUAUAUCUCACACUAUGUCCAAACUAUCCAGAGCCGUGCGUUACAUAAUAUUAAUAUGGAUUAGUGCAUUUUGUUUCGCUGUGCCUCAAGCCAUGCAGUUUGGUGUCAUAACUUACAGUGACAGGGGUCAGAAUAUUAGUGCGUGUACAGUAAAAGGUCAUGGAGUGCAUCAAGUGUUCGUAACUUCAGGUUUUGUGUUUUUUGUGGUGCCGAUGUCUUUAAUAACAGUACUGUACGCGUUGAUUGGAAUGAAACUUCGAUCAUCUCAUAUCAUACACCGCGUAAAAAAUACAUCAAAUGACAGUAAGCGUUCUAACGGAGCGCCACGGUAUAGAAGUGGUGCUUCGCAAAGAAAGGUCAUAAGAAUGUUGGUGGCGGUGGCGCUAUCAUUCUUCCUGUGCUGGGCUCCGUUCCAUGUGCAAAGGCUGAUAGCUAUCUAUGGAAAAAAUUUGGAGCACCCCACUGAUACAUUCUACAAGGUGUACAUUAUACUAACCGACCUGUCAGGAGUCCUUUAUUUUCUCUCCACGGCGAUCAAUCCAGUCCUAUACAACAUCAUGUCAAACAAGUUUAGAAACGCAUUUAAGGUGACAUUAUCAAUGUGGUGCAGAAGAGGAAGGCCGCGGCUAGAACGAACGUACAGCGCUAUAGUGGCAUCUCAGCGAGACCGCGCUGUUAUGAGGGAUACACAGAGAGAAAGGCUCCCCAAACAUCGAUAUCUUCGCCGACUAUCAACCGCCUCCUCACAGUUGGGCGACGCGCCGCCCAGAGCGCAGUCGUACCAUCAAUCAGGUCUAGCCAUCGUAAAUGAGAUGCCAGAUGUCAGUUGGGUUUGGAAGGAACAGCUACCAGAGAAAUCGGAUUCUUGUGUAUCACCACGAAGUAUCUCAAAUUCUAGUCUCUACGAACUCGAUCAGGAUAUGAGUAAAGAAGAACUGGCUACUUUUAUGUAUCAAAUCAAUUGUAGUAUUGGUGCAAUAACCUGA